UUUCAUUGGCUCUAUAUUCCUCCUCUUGCGUCAUUGCGCAUCAAACCCAAGUCAAAGGUUCUCUAAUUGAUUGUGCUCAAUGUUUCAACUCCUGGGUAACGCUUAGAAUUGAGUUUUGCCUUCUGGGUAUUUAGUUGUGUACUGUUUUGAGAAAUUCGAUGGCUGUGAACAUGUCAAAAAACACAUCACAGGUGAUGGCUGAUGAUUUGCAUUUGAGGCUGGUCUGUUUUGAAAAUAGAGUGGCAUUUGUACGGUUGUUGUUUCCUGCUGAAGCCAAGCUUGCUAUGGAAGUGGCAGAUCAUCCAACAACAGGGUACACUGGCCUACCAUCAAAAGGCUCUAGUGGUAACUUACGAGAGGUUGAUUUGAGGGAAACACCCUCUGUACAAUCCAAAACGCUUCAAGAAAAAGUGCAAGCCCUUAUUAAAACAGUGGAAAUGGGAAGGCGCUUCUUCCCCCAUUGCUCAGAAGUACUCGAUAAGUUUCUGGAAGAUCAGAUGAAUGUGGCUGAUGACUUCCUUGAUAAAGGAACUCAUGAAGAGCAGAAAAACAAGAAGAUGAGUUUCUUGGAACUUAAGGAUGAUGUACAGAAGGCAUUUUGGAAGGAUGUGGCUAAAAAACAUGGAUCAGUUUCGACGGCCUCAUCAUCAUCCUCAUCGUCUCCGUAG